AUGUUUUUUAUAAAAAAAAAGAAUAGAAUACAUUUGAAUACACCUUUCAAAGGAAUUAUAUAUACAUAUUUAUUUAGUAAAAAAUGUGAUAAAAUUGAAAAAAAGAAGUUCUUUACAACAUUUGAACAAGAUUCAAGUAAAAUAAACAAUAAUUUAGAAGGAGAUUUAAAAAAAUUUUUAGAACAAGAAAAAAUAAAAUUAGAAACUUUUAAAAAAUUAGUUCUAAAAAUAACACUAAAAAGUAAUGAUGCUUCUAUUGAAAAUUUAUUAUUAAUGUUAGUAUUAUUUAAUAAAAACUUUUUUUAUUUUCAAGAUCAUUUUCCUUGUAAUUAUUAUGAUAAAAUUUGUUUAAACCUUUUAAAUAACAUAAAGUUGAAAAUACACUACUUAUAUACAUGUAAAAUGUUAAUUCAUACAAUGAAUAUUUUAAUUAAUUUAAAAUUAAUUGAUAAUUUUAUAUUAGAUUCAUAUAUGAAUAAAUGCUCUUCUUUUAUAAAAACUGAUGAAUACAAAAUAAAUGAUCUUGUGUGUUUCCUUUCAAUUUUUAGCAAAAUAAAUAUUCUUAAAAACGAUUUAAAAUUUAAAAAUUUGAAACGCUUAAAUUGGCCUUUAAUAAAAGUUAUUUGCGAUAAGUUAACGUAUAAUUUUGAAGAGCUAUUUAUUUUACAUAAAGAUAAUUCUUAUUCUUUUAAUUUAAAGAAAAGAAAUUGUGAAGAGAUUAAAAUACUUUCAAAUAAUAUAAGGAAUAAAGAUAAACUAAAUAAAAAAAUAAGUAAUUAUUAUAAUGAAACUACAAUGAAGAAUAGAUUAAAAGAUGUAUGCAUAUAUGAAAAAAAUGGUAGUAAUGUAGACAAAAAUAAAAAAAUUGUAAAAAAUGAAAUAGUCACAAAUAUAAAAAAAAGCGAAAGAAAUGAUAAUAUAAAUAAUCCUAUUUUGUAUAAUAAUAAAAUUGAUAAUGUAACAUCUAUUAGUGAUGAAAAGAUUUUUCUUUUAGAAAUAUUACUUAGUAUUAGUAAAAGCUUACGAGAUUUAAAAUAUAUUCACUUAAGUUUAUUAAAUGAGGUUGUAUAUCAUUUAAAAAAUGCAUUUCUUCAAACAAAUGAAAAUUCCGCUUAUAUCGAUCAUAAUUUAGUAAAUAAAAUUUUUUUUAUAAUGCAAUGCUAUUUAUUUUUGCAGUUAGACCAUCAUAUGUUCUAUAAAAGUAUAUUAAAUACGUUCAAAAAUUAUUUGCAAUUUUCAACUAAUUUAAUAGUUUUUUUUUACUUAUUAGCAAAAAAUAAAUUAUUUCCUUCUAAAACUAUUGAAAUAUUUGAUUCCAUAUUUUUAAAAAAUAUGAAUGAUCAAUUAUAUGAUUCAAAUAGCUUAAUUAUUCUUUUAGAAUCAUAUGGAUUACAUAAAUAUAGAAAAAAUAAUGUAAUUACGUCUUUAUUAUUUCAUUUAUUUUCACAAAAUAAUUGUCUUUUAAGAAAAGAUAAAAUUGCUCAUAUCUCUAAUAAAGAACAAGAAGUUUAUAUUUCAGAAGACAAAUCUAAUAAUUAUAAUAAUACAAGUAAUUCAAAAAACACAGAGAAUAUUGAAAAGCAUUUAAUAGAGCAAACAAAUAAGAUUAAAUCUGAAAAUCAUGGUUAUUCAUCAUCAGAUAGCAUCAUUAGUAAAAAGAAUGAAAUAGAUAUUAAUGAAAAAUUAAACGAUUUAAAUAAAAUGAUAUAUGAAUCAAAUAAAGAAGUAAAAAAUUAUUAUUUUAAUGCUUCUAUUAAUGUAAGUGAUAAAAUAAAAAUAUUAUAUUGUUUGUUUAAAUUAGAUAUAUAUGAAGAAAAUUUAAUUAAGGAUAUAAAUUAUAUUAUAAAUGAAAAUGUAAUACAUCAAAUAAGUUAUAAAUUGCUAAUAAAAUUAUUAUUAAGUUUAUGUUAUUUUUCCUUCGAAAAUGUAGAUAUAUAUAAUUUAAUAAUUAAAAAUUUAAUAAAAUAUGAUAUAAUUUUAGAUAAUAUUUAUUUAACUCAAUUAAAAAUAUGUGAAUUAUCAUUGAGAACCCAACAUGUUCCAAAUGUAUAUAAUAAUUUAAAUGUUGAAUGCAUAGAAUAUAUAAAUUACAUUAAAAAUAAGGACAAAAGUAUAGAAUAUCACAUUAAAUCAGAUUUACAAAAAAGUGUAAAGAAUAUUCUUUUAACUUUUAAUUUAAAUACACUAGAAGAAGUACCCAUAGGUCCUUAUGUUGUUGAUUUUGUUGAAGAAGAUGAAACCACUUAUAAUAUGCCAAAAAAUUAUCUCAUUAACAAAAAAAAAGAAUUAUCAAAAAUUGAAAAUUCAUCAAAUAUUUCAAAUAUGUCUGAUACAAGAGACACUAUAAGCAUAAAUAAUGUGGACUCAGAUUACACAGGAAAAAAUUACAUCUUAAAUAAAGAAAUUAAUAACUUCAACAGUGAAGGAAAAAAUUGUAAAAAUAAAAAAAAAAUAAUAAUAGAAGUUAAUGGAGAAAAUCACUUUUAUAAAAAUACCAAAUGUUAUACUUCAUUAUCAAAGCUAAAACACAAACUCCUAAGUGAUUUAGGUUAUGUAGUUAUUAAUAUACCUUACUUUGAUUGGGGAUUAUUAAAAACGGAUUUAGAUAAAAAAGCAUAUAUAAAAAAAUUAAUAUCUGAAAAUUCUAACGUCAAACUAAGAAGUAUAUUACCUCUUAAUCAAAAAAAUGACACCUUGAAAACAAGUGAAUUAUCAAAAAUUAAUGAAAGCAUCCAGCAGUGUAAAAAAAAAAAAGAAUUUUUAAGUAAUAUUGAAAAUUUAAGAAAAAAAAAUAAAUUAAAAUUUUUAAAAAAAAAAAGUAAAAAUAUAUAG